UCAAGCCACCGCGACCCCAAGAAAGCAAGAAAACAAGAAAGUCAUAUUCCCCACAUCAACAAGAGCCGAAAGAAAGCGAAGAACGAACCGUUCCUCGUGAAACCCCAGGAGCAGGAGCAGGAGCAGGCGCAGGAGCUGAGAAGGAAGGACCGGCCCGGAGAUGUGCCUGGUGUUCGUGUGCGACGAGGACGAGCGGGUGGUGGCGCGGCAGGCGGCGCCGGGGGCGUGCCCCUACUGCGGCGGGGCGGUGCAGGCGAUGGACGUGGAGAGCCAGUGGCGGUUCUGCUUCCUCCCUUUCUACUUCCGCACCAAGCGCAAGUUCUACUGCUCCGUCUGCGCCCGCCGGCUCGUCACCCAGUACUGAGCUUCGCGAUCGGUUCUCCCCGUCUGGCGACCGCGUUUUUGGGUUCUAAGCAUCUUCUUUCUUGUUAGUAGCUGCUGAUGAUCGUGUACAGAAUUUCUAGGGUUUUGGUUUCUUGAAAUUAGAGACGGAGUCUAUGGUUAUACGGAUGCGAUUCGUUAGGGUUUUUCGUUUUUUGAGAGUGUUGGAAUUGAGAAGAUGUGAACCCUAGCGAGGAAAAGCUUUCCUGUAAAACGUGUUGUACGGUGAAUCGAUCAGAUGGGUUAUUCCAUGAGUAGCUUGACAUGCUGCUGCAUUUCGAUUC